AUGGCGGCUCCCAAAGCCGCGGCGCGGGGCAAACUCUUCCGCACAACAGGGUCGCCUACGGAACGUGACCCGCAACCCCGCCCUCCCAGCUCCCGGAAGUUUCCAUUUGAAACCGAGGCGGCAGAUAAAACCCACUGCGCGGCGGUUGCUGCCGAGCCUCUUCUGGACGACAGCGGACAGGACUACGAGCGGGAGCGGCGGGCGUCUGAGGCCCAGCCGUGCCGCCUCGUUACGAUGACCAGUGUGGUUAAGACAGUGUACAGCGCGCAGCCCCCCUCCGUGCCGAGCGGCGGCCUGCCGGCAGAUACACAAACUCGACCCACUUCUAAGAGUCUGUUACCUGUUAAGUCCAAAGAAGUCGAUGUUUCCAGACAUUUUCAUUCAGGAGGUUCAGACAAUGAUAUAAAAAUCACCAAAGCAAAACGAGAGAAUGGGCAGAUGAAGCCUGCAGAAACUGCCGUCAAGAGGAACAUCAGAAAGAGCUACAAACCAUUGAGUAAGCAAAAAUCAGAGGAAGAGCUCAAGGAUAAAAACCAGCUCUUAGAGGCUGUCAACAAGCAGCUGCACCAGAAGUUGACUGAAACUCAGGGAGAGCUGAAGGACCUGACUCAGAAGGUGGAGCUGCUGGAGAAGUUUCAGGACAAUUGCUUAGCAAUUUUGGAGAGCAAGGGCCUCAACCCAGGCAGUGAGACCCUUGCGUCACAGCAGGAACCUACUAUGGAUCACACGGACUCUAUGUUGCUGUUAGAAACUUUACAAGAUGAAUUGAAACUUUUUAAUGAAACUGCCAAGAAGCAGAUGGAGGAGUUACAGGCCUUAAAGGUAAAGUUGAAGAUGAAAGAAGAAGAAAGGGUUCGAUUCCUAGAACAGCAAACUUUAUGUAAUGGUCAAGUCAAUGAUUUUACAACAGCCCUGGAGGAAAUGGAGCAGCUAUUAGAAAUGUAAUAAAAGACAAGUGGCCAGAUGGCUCCCUGUUGGGGAUAAAAUUCUCAGAGGAAGUCACUUAAGACAUCUUGGCCAUGAUCUUCUAAGACUUACCAUCCCCAAAGUGAAAACAGUUUCUGCAGUAGGAUUAAGGGCAGUUUAUGCUGGAAUAGAGGUUCAUCCUUUAAACAGCUUUCCCCACCUUCAGAUUGGUCAACUCCCCUGAGUAUCACAUGUAGAUAAUGGAGGCCUAUAAGAGCAGACCUGGAAGCUUGAUUCAACCUUGUAGGCAACAAAGCAUUACACCUUUAGAAUCAGGAGACUUAAGCAGCUACAGCCAGAGACUAGAAGGUCACAUUCAGGUUACAGGAAGAAACCCUUAUUUACAGUAGAGCACAGGAGCUCCCUGAGACAUCAUUAAGGAACUGUGCUGUCCCCUUCUAACUUAGAACACACACUGUCCCAUCCUGGUUGGGCUUUUAUACAUCAUUGUAAACUCAUGAACUUGAAGUUUCUGGCUUAACAAAUGGGGCGGAGGUAUAGAUAAUAAUAACACCUGAAACAAUACAUCUUGGAGCUUUUAAUCUAAAUCACAUCUGUUUUUUUUUUUUGUUUUUUUUUUUAAGUACUACUUUUGAAAUAAAUAUUUAUACCAAUAUUCUGAGGAAUGAAAGUAGCUUUGACCUAAAUAUGUCAACUGAACAUUAUUAUAAUAAGUUCAAGAUAUUUUGAUUUACCCAGAAUAUUUUUCUUCCACUCAUUGAGCAUUCACUAGCCCUCUGCCUUCCAGGAUCCUUGGGUGGUUCCUCCAUUUGUAGCAGGGGUGCCAGGCUCCAUUCACCUGGCUUGUGGCCGGUCACUGUCAAUGUUCUCCUUAUAUACCUACUUCUUGCCUAGCACAGCUAACCCUGGGCCCAGUCCCUAUCCCACAUAUCAUAUAGUCCAUUGCCCUGAAGUCCACAAUAGACUCCCCUCAAGUUUACCAAAGGCACAGUCAAAUUUCCUGCUUAAUCAAAGUAGGCAGACUUUUUCUUUCAGCCAUCUCCUAUUCUUUCUGCAUCUCCCAAUUUCAUCCCCCAAAUACUCCACUCUUAAGCAUCUUUUAAGACUUCCCAGAGCCCCCCAAUAAAACCAAGUAAAACUCCA